AUGGUAGUUGAUGCGUCGACAAAUGGGGCACUCUUGUCCAAGUCAUACAAUGAAGCUUUUGAGAUUAUAGAGAGGAUCUCCAACAACAACUACCAAUGGCCUUCUACUAGAGCACCGACAAGUAGAAAAGUGGCUUGUGUUCUUGAGGUUGAUGCACCCACUUCUUUGGCAGCUCAAGUAUCUUCAAUAUCAAAUAUUCUUAAGGGUAUGAACAUGGGGCAGCCAAUGGGUUCUCCACCGAUGGGUCAAUUAGUAGAAGUUUCUUGUGUGUACUAUGGAGAUGGUCACAUCUUUGACAACUGCCCCUCUAAUAUUGCAUCUGUGUUUUACAUGGGGAAUCAGAACAGGAAUGACUUACAUUCGAAUUAUUUCAAUCAAUCAUGGAGGCAACAUCCCAAUCUUUCAUGGAGCAUGUUAAAAGAUUACAUGAUGAAGACGGAUGCACUCAUUCAAAUCCAAGCUGCAUCUAUGAGGAAUUUGGAGAAUCAAGUUGGGCAACUUGCCAAUGAUCUUAGAAAUAGACCUCAAGGUGCUUUACCGAGUUAUACUGAGAACCCAAGAGAUGUUGGCAAGGAACAGUGCAAGGCCAUUACUUUGGGAAGUGGCAAGGAGUUAGAGAGUUCCAAGAAAAAUUAUGGGCAUGAGGAUGAGCCCUCUUCAAUCCAAAAUCGUAGGAAAGCAAGCAAACAUGAAGAAAGAUCUGAUGUGCUGGAAUCUGCCUCUGCCCAGGAUGCGGCCGCAUCUAGAACACCGCAAAAGUCCCCAGAAAUUCAAAAGCUUCCUCAACAGCUACCUUUUCCACAAAGGUUUCAAAAACAGAAGAAAGAUGGACAAUUUAAAAAAUUCCUUGAUAUGUUGAGGCAGCUACAUAUUAACAUUCCCCUUGUUGAAGCCCUAGCGAAAAUGCCUAAAUAUGUGAAGUUUAUGAAAGACAUCCUUACAAAGAAGAGAAGAUUGGGGGAAUUUGAGAUAGUGGCUCUUACCAAGGAAUGCAGCUCAUUCUUGCAAAACAAGCUGCCCCCGAAGAUGAAAGAUCCUGGGAGUUUCACCAUUCCAUGCACCAUUGGUAAUUCUUAUUGUGGUGUGGCAUUAUGCGACUUGGGUGCCAGUAUAAAUUUGAUGCCUAUGUCUGUGUAUAUAAAAUUGGGGAUUGGUGAAGUCCGGCCUACCAUAGUGACUCUGCACCUUGCAGAUAGAUCUCUUGCAUAUCUUGAUGGGAAGAUUGAGGAUGUCUUGGUAAAAGUUGAUAAAUUCAUUUUCCCCGCUGGCUUUAUUGUUCUAGACUAUGAAGCAGAUAUAGAGGUGCCUAUUAUUUUGGGGAGGCCAUUCCUUGCUACAGGUAGAACCUUGAUAGAUGUGGAAAAUGGGGAGCUCAUAAUGAGAGCUCAAGAAGAACAAGUAACUUUCAAGUUAUUCAAUCCUAUACGUUCUCCAGAUGAAGUAGGAGAUUGUUUUGCCAUUACUGUCAAAAACUCUAAUAUGGAGGAAGAGGUACCCAUAAGGUAUAGCAAGAAAGUGAGGACGAGGCCAUCUCCUAAAGAAUUUGAGAGCAACAAUGAGCUAGGGGCAAGUAUAAAUAAGGCACCAUCUCAUUUGCAAGAGCCACAUAGGAAGAAGAAAAAGAAAAAGAAGUGUGGUAGGAAAGCUCAUUCCCAAAGGUGUAAGUGCAUCAAAGGAAAGACGGUUAGCAUUGGAAUUGAAGUUUGGGGAGUGCUGGACUGA